GAAGUCAAAAUGAAGAUCCUGUUACGAUUUACUGGAUUAACUCCGCUGCUGCUGCUGCUAUUCGCCUUUGAUGCUGCGUCAUAUGCGAAUGCAUUCAUCAUACCUGAGGAGCUGCCUUCCAUUCUCUCUCUAGUCUACUCCAACAUCCCGCAAAUAAAGAAAGGAACGGACUCUCGGCUCGGUUUUGGCUUCCGACUGGGCGAACACGCCGACUUCCAGGUGCAACUCGAAAUAGGCCCACAGCAAAGAACUAGACCAAUAGGUUCAUCUUCCAGUAGCAGCAAACGUGAUGUAGAUACAGACGAUUACCAGCAAUACAUUAGGAAAAAGCAAGUCGCCUUGAAUGGCGGAAGUCCCGGCAAGUCCUGGCUGGAAAUAUGGUCCAAGGAAACCCGCAAGAAGCAGCACUUCAACAAGGACAAACACCGGGAUGCGGUCGGAGGAGGAGCGGCCUCCGGCAUGCCAGUCUCGCCAACGAUCAACGAAUCGGCCUACAAUCAGCUGCAGCAGUUGUACGAUGUGAACAAACCGGGUGAAACGAUCGGAACCAUUCCGGCAGCGGAACUGGAUUCCAAUUUAAAGCAACUGCAAGCAGUCCCGUUCAAACCCAUGCCGAGCGAAAACGAAGUGGAUGCCAAACCACCGGUAGCUGCUGAAGUUCCGUUCAGACCGAUGCCUUUGGGAAUAAUCAACGUCGAGAACGGUCCAGAACCAAGGAAGAAUCUGCGAAGACGGAAAAAUCCCAGCGGGAAUGGCAGUCGGGACAAGGACAAGAUAUCCGCUGAUUUGGCGGAUGUCUCGUUGGAUUGAAGAGAGCGAGUGGAUGAGACUUGAAGAGUGUUAUUUUAUUUUAACCGGAAUGAGCGAGGAGCGGAAAGGAUGCGGAUGUCGGGGUGAAUGGGUUCUUCUCUAGCUUUUACUUCGGGAUACAAGCGGCAGACUAGGGAUGAGUACUUCUGUAAAUACUGGUGUUUAGGAUGUGAUAUCGACUAUUUAUGCUGCAAUCGUAAACACACGAGGAAGUUAACUAUUUAUUUCAAGUAAGGUGAAACGAAUAAAGCAAUAAGGUGCAAUUGGAAACCAAA